ACCCUAUCAACCCAGAAGGAGAAAAUCUGAUGAGAAAAUCUGAUGAGCGAUGGUGUGGGCAACAGGCCUGCGGGUGAGAGGAGGGCACGGCGAGCCACUCAUACUUCAUGGAGUCUUCAUCACUGGUGUGGUUUGGGCCCAGGAGGACAUAUGUUUCAGAGAAGGAGCUUCAAACUGCUUUGUUUGGGACCAUGAUUACCCUGCAUGUUGAUGACAGAUUUCCCAAGUGAUGGUAACCAGAUGGGUGCUGGAGUCAACCUCUUAGCUCUGGCCAGACUCAACAAAAUGAAACCAGGAUGCUUUUGGCUGCAUCUCACACUGCUUGGAGCCUCCCUGCCUGCUGCGCUGGGGUGGAUGAACCCAGGAACCAGCAGAGGAUUGAACAUGGUUGUGGGAGAGUCCCGGGAAGAGGAAUCCAGAAGCCUUGAAGUCACAAGAAGAGAAGGGCUUUCCGGCCACCGUGGGCUGCCGGCCUCCUGCAGGAAGAAGUUCUGCAGCCGCGGGAGCAGGUGCACACUCAGCAGGGAGACAGGGGAGCCCGAGUGCCGGUGCCUGGAGGCCUGCAGUCCCAGCUACAUGCCCGUGUGUGGCUCUGAUGGGAGGGUUUACGAAAACCACUGUGAGCUCCACCGUGCUGCUUGCCUGCUGGGGAAGAAGAUUGUCAUCGUCCACAGCAAGGACUGUUUCCUUAAAGGUGACCUGUGCACCAUGGCCGACUACGCCCGCCUGAAGAAGGCCCUUCUGGCGCUGCAGACCCGCCUGCAGCCACUCCAUGAAGGGGACAGCAGACAAGACCCUGCUUCCCAGAAGCGGCUCCUGGUGGAAUCUCUGUUUAAGGACUUGGAUGUAGACGGGGAUGGCCACCUCAGCCGCUUUGAACUGGCCCAGCACAUGCUGACGGAGCAGGACCUGGAAGAGGACUUCCCGGGGUGCUCACCAGGUGACCUCCUCCGAUUUGAUGACUACAACAAAGACGGCCUCCUGACCCUCCACGAGUUCUACACAGCCUUCCAGGUGGUACAGCUCAGCCUCGCCCCUGAGGAGAGGGUCAGUGUGGCCACAGUGACCGUGGGCCUGAGCACAGUGCUGACCUGCGCUGUCCACGGAGACCUGCGGCCACCCAUCGUCUGGAAGCGCAACGGGCUGGCCCUGAACUUCCUGGAUUUGGAAGACAUCAAUGACUUUGGAGAGGACGACUCCCUCUACAUCACCAAGGUGACCACCAUCCACAUGGGCAAUUACACCUGCCAUGCCUCUGGCUACGAGCAGCUGUUCCAGACCCACGUCCUGCAGGUGAAUGUGCCACCCGUCAUCCGUGUCUAUCCAGAGACCCAGGCACAGGAACCCGGAGUGGCAGCUAGCCUGAGAUGUCACGCAGAGGGCAUACCUAUGCCCAGAAUCACUUGGCUAAAAAAUGGCAUGGAUGUCUCAACCCAGAUGUCGAAACAGCUUUCCCUUUUAGCCAAUGGGAGCGAACUCCACAUCGGCAGUGUUCGGUAUGAAGACACAGGGGCGUAUACCUGCAUUGCCAAAAAUGAAGUGGGCGUGGACGAAGAUAUUUCCUCCCUCUUCAUCGAAGACUCGGCUAGAAAGACCCUUGCAAACAUUCUAUGGCGAGAAGAAGGCCUCAGUGUGGGAAACAUGUUCUACAUCUUCUCCGACGAUGGCAUAAUCAUCCUGCACCCAGUGGACUGUGAGAUCCAGAGGCACCUCAAACCCAUGGAGAAGAUCUUCAUGAGCUACGAAGAAAUCUGUCCUCAAAGGGAAGGAGGCGCCACCCAGCCCUGCCAGUGGGCCUCAGCAGUGAAUGUCAGACACCGCUACAUCUACGUGGCCCAGCCCGCACUGAGCAGAGUCCUCGUGGUCGACGUGCAGGCCCAGAAAGUCCUCCAGUCCAUAGGUGUCGACCCUCUGCCGGCUAAGUUGUCCUAUGACAAAUCACAUGACCAAGUGUGGGUCCUGAGCUGGGGGAACGUGCAUAAGUCCCAGCCAAGCCUCCAGGUGAUCACAGAGGCCAGCACCGGUCAGGGCCAGCACCUCCUCCGCACACCCUUUGCAGGAGUGGACGAUUUCUUCAUUCCUCCAACAAACCUCAUCAUCAACCACGUCAGGUUCGGCUUCAUCUUCAACAAGUCUGACCCUGCAGUCCACAAAGUCGACCUGGAAACACUGAUGCUCCUCAAGACCAUUGGGCUGCAGAGCCACGGCUGCCUGCCCCAGGCCAUGGCCCACACCCACCUGGGCGGCUACUUCUUCAUCCAGUGCCGACAGCACAGCUCCUCUCCAGCCGCCCCGCAGCUGCUGCUUGACAGUGUCACGGACGCCGUGGUCGGCCCCAACGGCCACGUUACCGGCACCCCACACACUUCCCCCGAUGGGCGCUUCCUAGUCAGCGCCGCCUCCAGCAGCCCCCAGCUUCACGUGCAGGAGAUCACGCUGCGGGGGGAGAUCCAGACCCUCUAUGACCUGAAAGUGAGCCAGGGCGUCUCAGACGUGGCCUUCCAGCCCUCCUUCCACCAGGGCGACCAGUACUAUGUCUACGCCACGCUGGAGACAGAGCCGGACCUGCUCUUCCUGGAGCUGUCCACAGGGAAGACGGGCGUGCUGAGGGGCUUGAAGGAGCCACCCGCGCCCACAGGGCCAGCCCGAGCCUGGGCCGGGCCCCGCAGGAUCGUGAGGGACAGCGGGCUGUUCGGGCAGUACCUCCUCACGCCGGCCAGAGAGUCACUGUUUCUCAUCAACGCGAGACAAAACGCGCCGCGGUGUGAGGUGGCGGGAGUAAAGGGGGGGACCACAGUGGUGUGGGUGGGUGAGGUAUGA